GGCCGCCUCAGCCCGCGCUGCCCGUGGCUUCGCAGCUGUCGCUCGGCUGAAGCGGGGGCGCCGGAGAGCGAUCCUACAGGUGGUUCCUCCCCGCGGCCGAGUAAUUUCGCCCGCGGAGCCGAGCGGCCGGAGGAAGAGCGAGGUCCUGAGGGCAGCUGGAGAAGGACGCCGGGCUGCCUGGGGUGGGCUCGCCGGGUGGGCUCGCAGGUGUGGGGGAGAAGGGAGCGGCGCGCCAUGGUACCGGCGGCGGGCACCGCAGGAGGCUGCGCUCGUCUUCCCGCUUUCGGCAGCCUUCGCUAGCGCCCGAGGGGGAGCUCCUCGCUUCAGCCCGGCCGCUUCUCCCCUCCAGGAGCUCGGUGGGGCCGUUCCGGGGCGGGCGGCGCAGCAUGGCAUCCGCCUAACCCCGGCCAGCGCACCAUAGUCCGGGACGCGCCGCGGCGCGGCGGCGGCGGCGGCUGCUCCUCCGCCGGGAUGAGCGACGGCAGCGAGGGGAUCAUCAGCUUGCCCGUGCCCAGCCCUCCCGGCGGCGGCGGCGGAACCCCCUGCGAGGAGGCGCUCGGCAGGCGGGCGCAAGGGGCCGACGGCGGCGGCCGCAGCCUCCUGCCCGACUUGGCCGCGCCGCCACCCGGCACCCUCUGGGCUGAGGACGGCGCCGCCGGCGGCGGGGGCCCGGGCAUCUCGGCGCGGGCCAAGGGUGGCGGCAGGCGGACCGCCGUCACCUACGUGAUCAACGAGGCGAGCCAGGGGCCGCUGCUGGCGGCGGAGAGCGGCGCCCUGCAGAGCCUGCGAGAGGCGUGCGAGGCGGUGGGGGCCGCGCUGGAGACCCUGCACUUCGGCAAGCUCGACUUCGGCGAGACGGCGGUGCUGGACCGCUUCUACAACGCAGAUAUUGCUGUCGUAGAGAUGAGUGAUGCCUUCCGUCAGCCUUCCCUGUUCUACCACCUGGGAGUCAGGGAGAGCUUCAGCAUGGCUAACAACAUUAUCCUCUACUGUGAUACAAACGCAGAGUCUCUGCAGUCACUGAAGGAAAUUAUUUGCCAGAAGAAUAAUAUGUGCACUGGUAACUACAUAUUUGUUCCUUAUAUGAUAACUCCACAUAACAAGGUGUACUGCUGUGAUAGCAGUUUUAUGAAGGGACUAACAGAACUGAUGCAGCCCAGUUUUGAGUCGCUGCUUGGGCCUAUAUGCUUACCUCUGGUGGAUCGGUUUAUUCAGCUCUUGAAGGUGGCACAGGCCAGUUCAAGCCAGUAUUUCCGGGAAUCCAUCCUGAAUGACAUCAGGAAGGCUCGUACCCUCUACACGGGCAAAGAGCUUGCCGCAGAGCUGGCAAGGAUUCGGCAGCGAGUGGAUAAUGUUGAAGUCUUGUCUGCUGACAUUGUAAUAAACUUGCUGCUGUCCUACAGAGACAUCCAGGAUUAUGAUUCCAUUGUGAAACUGGUGAAAACUUUAGAAAAACUGCCUACUUUUGACUUGGCUUCCCACCACCAUGUGAGGCUGCAUUAUGCAUUUGCGCUGAACAGGCGAAAUCUGCCUGGAGACAGACAGAAAGCUCUAGAAAUUAUGAUUCCCCUGGUAGAACAGGAAGACCAAGUAGCUUCAGAUAUGUACUGCCUGGUUGGUCGAAUUUACAAGGACAUGUUUUUGGAAUCUGGGUUCAUAGAUACAGAAAGCAGGGACAAAGGCACAUUCUGGUUCAAGAAGGCGUUUGAAUCGGAGCCAACGUUACAAUCGGGAAUUAAUUAUGCAGUACUCCUCCUGGCAGCUGGACAUUGCUUUGAUACUUCUUUUGAGCUGCGGAAAGUUGGAGUAAAGAUCAGCAGCCUGCUUGGUAAAAAGGGGAGCUUGGAGAAACUGCAGAGCUAUUGGGAAGUGGGAUCUUUCUUGGGGGCCAGUAUGUUGGCUAAUGACCAUACAAGAGUGAUCCAGGCUUCUGAAAAGCUGUUUAAGCUAAAGGCACCAGCAUGGUACCUGAAGUCUAUUGUAGAGACUAUUUUGAUAUAUCAGCAUUUUAAGAAACUGACUCCAGAACAACAUAUGGCCAAACAGGAGCUUGUGGACUUCUGGAUGGACUUCCUUGUUGAAGCCACAAAAACAGAUGUGUCUGUAGUUCGAUUUCCAGUUUUAAUAUUAGAACCAACAAAAAUCUAUCAGCCCUCAUAUCUCUCCAUCAACAGUGAAGCUGAGGAGAAGACCGUAUCUAUCUGGCAUGUGCUCCCUGAUGACAAGAAAGGUAUCCACGAGUGGAACUUCAGUGCUGCUUCAAUCAGGGGAGUAAGCAUUUCGAAGUUUGAAGAACGGUGCUGUUUCCUGUACGUGCGGCACAACUCAGAUGACUUUCAAAUCUAUUUCUGCACAGAACUUCAUUGCAGAAGGUUUUUUGACAUGGUGAACAGUAUCACUGAAGAAAUAGGGAAGACUACAGAGGAAGGGGAAUGUGACGGAGACUCUCUAGAGUAUGAUUAUGAAUAUGAUGAAAAUGGUGAGCGAGUCAUUCUGGGGAAAGGAACUUAUGGCAUUGUAUAUGCAGGACGAGAUUUGAGCAAUCAAGUCAGAAUUGCUAUUAAAGAAAUCCCAGAGAGAGACAGCAGGUAUUCCCAACCUCUGCAUGAAGAAAUAGCUUUACACAAGCAUCUGAAACAUAAAAACAUUGUCCAGUAUUUAGGUUCUCUUAGUGAGAAUGGCUUUAUUAAGAUAUUCAUGGAACAGGUGCCAGGUGGCAGCCUUUCUGCUCUUCUACGAUCAAAAUGGGGACCAUUAAAAAAUAAUGAGCAGACAAUUGGCUUUUACACCAAGCAGAUUCUUGAAGGAUUAAAAUACCUCCAUGAUAAUCAAAUAGUGCAUCGAGAUAUAAAGGGUGAUAACGUGCUUAUCAACACGUACAGUGGAGUGUUAAAGAUUUCAGACUUUGGAACAUCAAAGAGGCUUGCAGGAAUCAACCCAUGUACUGAAACUUUCACUGGUACCCUUCAGUAUAUGGCACCAGAAAUCAUAGACAAAGGGCCACGUGGCUAUGGGAAGGCUGCAGACAUCUGGUCUUUGGGAUGCACAAUCAUUGAGAUGGCUACAGGAAAGCCCCCGUUUUAUGAACUGGGAGAACCACAAGCAGCUAUGUUUAAGGUGGGAAUGUUUAAAAUACACCCAGAGAUUCCCGAAUCCAUGUCUGCAGAAGCCAAGGCUUUCAUAUUGCGUUGCUUUGAACCAGAUCCUGACAAACGAGCUUUUGCUCAUGAGCUACUCAUAGAUGAAUUCUUGAAGGUUUCAAGCAAAAAAAGAAAGUCCCCAUCAAAACUCUCAGUUCUUUCAGCUAACACAAAUGAGUAUCUUCGGAGUAUAUCCUUACCUGUCCCUGUUCUGGUGGAAGAUACAAGUAGCAGCAGUGAAUAUGGUUCUGUCUCACCUGAUACAGAAUUAAAAAUUGAUCCGUUCUCUUUCAAAACAAGAGCCAAAUCCUGUGGAGAAAAAGAUGGGAAGGGAAUCCGGUCCCUUUUUCUGAGCAUCCCAGAUGAAAAUUUUGAGGAUCACAGUGCACCUCCUUCACCUGAAGAGAAAGAUUCUGGGUUUUUCUUGCUAAAGAAGGAUAGUGAAAGGAGAGCCACCCUGCACAGGAUAUUAACUGAGGACCAAGAGAAGGUGGUGAGGAACUUGAUGGAAGCUUUGGCUCAGGGAGCCGAAGAACCCAAGCUAAAAUGGGAACAUAUCACGACGCUAGUUUCCAGCCUCAGAGAGUUUGUACGGUCCACUGAUCGUAAAAUCAUUGCAACCACUCUUUCAAAACUGAAACUGGAGUUAGACUUUGACAGCCAUGGUAUCAGUCAAGUACAGCUCGUGCUGUUUGGUUUUCAAGAUGCUGUCAAUAAAGUUCUCCGAAAUCAUAACAUCAAGCCACACUGGAUGUUUGCAUUGGACAGCAUAAUCAGAAAAGCUGUGCAGACUGCUAUUACUAUUCUGGUCCCAGAAUUGAGGCCACAUUUUAGUCUUGCAUCUGAAAGUGAUACAGCGGAUCAAGACGAUAUAGAAGUUGAAGAUCAAGAUGAACAGCCUCAAAAUCAAACUAUCCAACAGCCUUGCAUCGUCAUGGAAGAUGCAGUAGCUACCUCAGGUGUAAGCACACUCAGCUCUACGGUAUCCCAUGACUCCCAGGCUGUUCACAGGUCACUGAGUGUCCAGCUGGGCAGGCUAAAAUUAGAGACAAACAGAACAAUAGUGAUGCAAGUGAAGGUCAGUCUUGACUUCAGGUGCCCUUUCCAGGAAGGUCUGAAAAAACUGAGCUUGCAGCCAAGCUUCUGCUUUAUCUCUCCUUCGUAUGCUGUGUAUGGCUGAUGAAUGGGGUUAUGUUUUGUUUCCAUCAAGGCAGAACUUGCUGUUCUUUUCUACAGUUAUUCCUGGGGAAUGAACUCAAGCUAGUUGACAGCUACACAAGAACUCCACAAGGAAACUGCUUCAGACCUUAGUGCACAGAAUUCACUGCAGCAGGAUCUGUGCUUACCAACAAGCAUUACCUUUUUGUUCAAUAAAUUUUGUUCAUCAAAUUUUGUUCAUCAGAGAAAGAUGGGAAAAAUAGGUGUGGUGUUUAAAAGAAGAAAUAAGCCAGAAAAUUAGACAAUGGAUUUUUUUUCAGAAAUAUACGUAUUCCACUUUAAACUUGAGAAGUGGUUGUUCUGGGUGUUUUUGUUUGUUUAAGAAAUGUCAGAGACAAAUUUCUCUACAUUAUUUUAUCCAAAUAAUUUUCUAAGUAAUUUUGUUUUCAUUAAAAUAUACCAGAUAGUCUGUUUAAAGCAGGUAUUUUAGCUGUUGCAGCAUCCAAUUUAUGACAUUGGAUUUCUUACUAACCUCAUAAAUUUUGAAAAUGACCUUGAUAGCGAAGUCUUUAAUAAGACAGUUGUUACACUGCUAGAACAUUCUUUGUAAUGUUCCAAUUUUAAUUUAAAUGUUAAAUUGCACUUUACUUUUAAACGUGUCCAAGAAUUUUGCCAUAACUAGAAUAAUUCAUUAGACUGUAAGUUUUUAAUAAAGUAUCAGUAUUUUUGAGUUCUUAUGUUACAAUUUAUUUUUUUGCUUGUGUUGACCACUGAGAAAUAUUUUGAUUGCCUUAUUGAUACACUUCAAUAAAGACAUAAAUAAUUUAGAUUGGCUUACUUCCCAAGUUUAUGUUGGGGAGUAGCAUCAGAAGUGAUACAUUUGUAGGGGUACUGUUUUCUAGCAUGUUGUUUUUGUAAAUUUCUCAAAUGCAAAGCCUUUGGCCCAAUAAUCACAUGCCAUUCAUGCAGAAAUUUUGACGUAAAUACUAUGGACAGUUGUUUAAAUAUUAAUUAAAGCUUUAUUUGCAUAAGCAGCAAGCAGUUAUCAAGAGAAAAUAGUUGAUUUUAUUGAUCCUAAGGCCUUUUUCAACCAGAAUUGAUAGAGGAGGAAUAAAUUAACUGAAAGGUGACUGCACACUUAUCUGGACAGAAUAUCAGUCUGCACUGAGAUUAACCAAGCUGUGGGUGUGCAUAGAAACACAAACCAGUUCUGUUCACGUGCAGGGUGGACUUGUUAAGAAUUGUUAGCUCAGGUGUGGAAGCACUCAAAUGUGACUGUGCUGCUGGUAAGCCUGCGUGCAAGCUAAAAGUAGGGCUAGAUGUUUUCAUAAAGCAAUCAUAUGAGAUGCAGUUUACUUCUGUGCAAAGACAAGGUGCUUUCUCUAGUUAAGUUCCAGAAUGUCCCUAUCUUUCAGUGUCCCAGAAAAAAAAUUGCACUGCUCAACAGGUAUAAAUACAACUUUAAAAAAAAAAUCGUAUGAAAAUGGAACAGUUAUUGCAUAGUUCUCAGGCUGACAAAGGCUUCAAGGAAGGGAGGAUGGAAUGCUGCAAUUCUUCAAAGGCAGAACUUCCUAAGACUUAGAAGUCAGUGAUAGGCUUAUGAGUGUGUUCUCUAUGUCCAGUUUCUCUGACCAAGUUCCUGAAUACAUAUUAUUCACAAGUCCUCCUUUUUACUAAAACACUUUUCCAAAAUAACAAAUUCCAGCAGUUUCACAUACUAAUUUUCCAUUGUAUUGAUUAUUUUCCUUUGAUCAGUUCGCAAGGUGCUGACCACUGAAUGUCUCUGGGUUUCUCUGGGUUUGUGUUAUCAAGGAAGUCAAACAUAGGUUCCAAUUUGUUUCUGCUUGAUAUUCUCAAAAGUAAUUGCCUAGGAAAGGACACCAGGUAUUUUGCCUCUUUUUCUCACUGUUCAUAUAGCAUAAGAGGGUAGGCACAAAGUACCUGGUGUGUGCGGAAGGGAUAGCCCUUGUGUGGAUGAGAAUAUAUUUUUUCCCCAUUUAAGAAAUGCAACCAUAGGGUUUUUUGCCACAUUUUCAUCACAGCUCCGCCCUUCCUAUACCUUUGAAAAUGUCUGCAGAGAGGGGCAAACUGGCAUUUUUCCUUACAAAGGGUUAUGUCACAGAAGUUUAGCCCUUGGUUUAUGAAACACACUGAUAUUUGUUCUUCUCAGUUACACGCUUUUGUUUAAUACGGAAUGCUAGCUGUAGAAAUUUCACUGAAAUUUUGUACCAUACCCCCUGUUUAGUGGAUGGAUGUUUACAUGGAGGCUGGUGCGUUUGGGGAUUUUAUGGUUUUUUUUGUUUUAGUUUUUGGUUUGGUUUGGUUUUUUAUGUAUUUAUUAAAAGAGCUAUGUCUUGAUAUAUGUCAUAAUAAAUCUAUAGUGAGAGGAUAUUCCCAUGAAAGCUGAAGGAGUCUGGCCUUGUCUCUCUCAAGAAGGCUUCCAGUUUAAGUGUAGCAAGAUCUUUGCUCUCCUGAAAAUUUGAAAUUACUUAAGAAAAUGU